GACAACAGAGGAGGCCGGCGGAGCGUCAGGGUCGACAAUGGGGGAGUGCGGGGUGCCCGCCGGUGUCCAGUUGCUGCUCCGCGCCUGCGAUCAGGGCGAUUGUGAAUGCGCCCGGCAGCUACUGCUGGGACCCCCGGCGGCCGCUGAAGAGGCGGCGACCGCGGCGGAACCCGGCAGCUGCGCGUCUGGCGGGGCCGGGGCUGCGGCGGACGUGCCUCCCGGCUCGGUGCCCGUGGACGGCACUGACGAGGCGGGCAACACGGGGCUGCAGUUCGCGGCGGCUGGCGGCCAUGAGGAGCUGGUGGGCUUUCUGCUGCGGAGGGGGGCCUCGGUGCAGAGUCGGAACCACUGCGGCUGGAGCCCCCUUAUGCAAGCGGCCAGGUUUGGACAUCUAACUGUGGCUCGCAUCUUGCUGGAAAACAGUGCUGACCUUAAUGCACAGAAUAAAUUGGGAGCCAGUGUACUUACUGUGGCCGCUCGGGGAGGCCAUAUCAGUGUGGUUAAAUUGUUGCUGGAAUCUGGAGCUUAUGUAGACAAUUAUGACCACUUAAGUACUUGCUUGGACAACAAUAAAGAGGAAUUGCCAGCUAUCACCCCCCUCAUGGCAGCUGUCCAGCAUGGGCAUGAGGCAGUGGUCCAUCUUCUGUUGGACUGGGGAGCUGAUAGUAAUUACACCGUGAAGACUAUAGGCUGGACUCCCCUGAUGUUGGCGGCUGUUAGUGGACGAGUGAGUUUGGCCCAACAGCUUAUGAACAAAGGAGCCAGUCCUGAUCAUUUGAAUGUGCUGCAUAAAACACCAUACGAAUUAGCUGUUGACUUCAAAUAUGAAGAUAUGAAGGAUUAUCUGGCGCCUUUAACAACAGUUCGACCCCAGGCAGAUAAACAAAAGAGACAACCUGAUAUCUUCCAUGCUUUGAAAAUGGGGAACUUCCAGCUGGUUAAAGAGAUUACUGACGAAGACCCAGCACAAGCCAAUGUUAUUAAUGAUGAUGGUGCUACCCCACUGAUGAUUGCAGCUGUAACUGGACAAUUGUCCCUUGUACAGCUACUUGUUUCAAGAAAUGUGGAUAUUGACAAACAAGAUAAUGUCCACGGUUGGACAGCACUAAUGCAGGCCACGUAUCAUGGAAAUAAAGACGUUGUUAAGUAUUUAUUAAAUCAAGGAGCUGAUGUCAACCUGCGUGCUAAAAAUGGAUAUACGGCCUUUGACCUGAUAAUGCUGCUGAGUGACCCAGAUGCAGAACUUGUGCGUUUGCUAGCAUCAGCCUGCAUGCAAGUAGACAAGGAAAAGAGUAAGCAGAGCAGCAAAGCAACGGUGCCCUCUACCAGAAAUAAGCAAUCUGUAGAUAUCCCAGUGUUGCCUGAUGACAAGGGAGGAUUGAAGUCAUGGUGGAGCAGGAUGUCCAAUAGAUUUCGCAAGCUGAAGUUGACCCAAACUUUCAAUCAUGGAUUUUCCAUAAAUCCAUCCGUGCCUUUUCCAGAAGAGUCAACGUCACCAUUUGAAUGUACAAUGAAGGCCACAUUACAAAGUGAUAACUCUGUAACUCAUGAUGGCACUACAGCGUGGGCAACAAAGAGCAAGUCCAAUGGGAUUGGCAGCAGUAAGGCAGGAAAGGAUGAUGAAUUAUUGACAACAGUGUUAAGAAGUGGGGCUCCAUUUACAAGGCUGCCUAAUGACAAACUGAAAGCUGUCAUUCCACCUUUUUUGCCUCCUUCGAGUUUUGAGCUGUGGAAUUCUGACAGGAUACCCAACAAAGAUGGCAGCAGAGAGCAAACAAGGCUUGGCCAUCCACACAGAGCUACCAGUUACGAUAGUAACGGCAAUGGAAGUUCCGACAAAGCAUCCUUAAACAGAGGUACUAGGCCCAUUAAACUGUCAGCCUUUGCAAGAAGACCUCCUACCCCCUCCAACUCAAUCAACUUCAACCAUUCUCCCCACUCUUCUGGUGGAUCCAACAGCAUAGGAGUUAACAGACAUGGUGGAGAAAUGCAUAAUAAAUCAGGUGGCAGUGCCGAUAGCGUUUUGUCUCAAAUUGCAGCUCAAAGGAAAAAAGCUGCUGGUAUACCUGAACAGAAACUAAGCCCACAGCAAAUGCCAGUAGUCUCGGCUCCUUCACCCUCUCCUCCUGAUAUGGAAAAUGUACAAAUCAUUGGCAAUGGGCACAUUCUAAAGAAAUUGGAUGUGAACAAAAAGCCUCCAUCUGAGAAUUCUUCUACUUCUAAGAGCACAUCCCCGACUCUCACACCAUCACCAUCGCCAUCCCUGUGCCCCAAGGUCCAAAGUGCAGAGUCCUCUCUCUCCUCCUCUCACAGACAAGGGAGAAGUAGUGGUGGUUCCAGCAGUGGAACUCUUACUGAUGAAGAUGAACUCACAGGCAUCCUUAAAAAACUUUCGCUUGAGAAGUAUCAGCCUAUUUUUGAAGAGCAGGAGGUGGAUAUGGAAGCUUUUCUCACACUUACGGAUGGUGAUUUGAAGGAAUUGGGAAUUAAAACUGAUGGUUCUAGACAACAAAUCCUGGCAGCUAUUUCUGAGUUGAAUGCUGGAAAGGGACGAGAGAGAAAAAUUUUACAGGAGACCAUACAUAACUUUCAUUCUUCCUUUGAAAGCAGCGUUAGCAACACAGGCCCUGGAAAACCUCAGUCACCUGGAUGCUGGGUAAGACCACAGGAACUUUCACCUACUAAGAGGUAGUCUUUGAACCAAGAUGAACCUACUGCUAUGAAAUCUGGAGCAGAGAUGACUGACUGCAGGUGUCCUUGAAGAAAAAGUAUCAAACAGACCUUUACAACAACAUCUCAUUACAGAAUAUGAUGGGAAGGAGCUCUGCUAUUAAUGUUAUAUCCUUCAUUUUGCAAAGUAGACUUGGCUUUAAUGAAGCUGUUCACAGAGCUGAAAUCAAUUUCACAUUUAGGUUGUUUGAUAGUUUGAAGGCUGUGGAAGACUGUCAAGAAUGAAAAGUAAUGCAAGAAGAUGUAUGGAUCAUUUUAUAGAAGUGCAGGAAUGACAAUCAUAUGGAAUCUGUGUAGGCACAGCCAAGAAAAAGAGCACUGAGGAAUGAGUCACCGAAGUGUCUACAACUUAUUGGAGUCUGUGAAGUGAUUAUACAUAAUAUGGUAAUGCAGCAAAUGGAAGAAUCUAAAUUUAAAAGAAACUGCAUUGGUUCUGUGAGAAGAAAUCAAGUGCACUGAGGCCUAUUGCCAUGCUACUGAAUUGUGCCUAAAGCAUGUUGUUCAUUAAGUAGCAAGUACAAUUUGUAUUGAUGAACAUUUAAAUAAUUUUUUUUCUAA